UUUUUGAAUGUUAGAUAGAAAUCCAAAAAUUUCUAACGCACAUUUAUGCUUAUGAUGUGUAUUAGAUAAAGUAUAGGAUCGUGCUUGUAUCACGAUUAUGUAAGCAGGCCGGAAACUCGCUAGGGGAAACCAACCAUCUUUUGAGCAAAAAAAAGAUCAAGAUGGAGAAUAAGGAAAGAAUCCGUCCUACGUUCUUCGUUAUCCGUGUCAUGUUUUGAUAUUUUUCUCCAUUAAUCUCCAUUUUGAUAUUUUUCGACUCAAAAUAAGCGCUUCUCUCCCCCUCUCUCUCUCUCUCUCUCUCUCUAUCUAUCUAUCUCCCAUCGGUGUUUUGUGAUGAUUAUUGGGUAGUUCCAUUGACCGACGCUACAGUUUAGAGACAUUGUUGUCAGUUUGUUAGAAAGGCAUAUCUGUGCGUUAUUGAAAAGAAGAAUAGCGUAAGAAAUACAGGUCCGAUUGAUUAUUUCAUAUAGACACAAUACAGUCAUAAAGAUAAGCAUGCAUAUUGGUCGAGAGUAUCACAUAUCAAACAAAACAAUAUAGCAAUAUGUGACGAUGAACGAUAUCAAGCAGUAUUUUCCUUGCUCCUGUUCUGUUUCGCUAGUUUUCUUUCCAGCAACGUACCAUACUUAUGUGCGCGUCAAUGAGAUUGUAGUAAUACAGAUUUAGUAUUAUUAGCAAAACUUUGACACAACCUACCGGCUGUCAGAGAACUACCAGGAAAUAAUCACAAAUCACCCGAGGAGCGUUCGAACACCUUUAUAUUAUUGUAUAAACAAGUUUGGAUACAUUUAUACUAAAAACAUAAAAAAGAAAGGUGUUCAAAAAUUGAACCGUAAAGAAACAACAUGAAAAUACAAGAACGGUCUGGGUCUGUGCACGUGCGACACACAUAUACAUAUACAUACAAUGAAAGUCUCAAACAGAACCUUGUUCUGUUUAUAUGUAUGAUUAUGGUUUGUACAUGGACAGUCGUCUCUGGGUUUGUCAAGUCGUAUCACAGUUUAGUAACCUAGGGACUUUUGUGGAGGCACCUGUAUCGACCUAAAAUAAGAACAGGUCUUGGCAUUCGCUAAGGAAAGCCGUCCGAAAAUUGAGUCAACCCCAAUCUAGUCGUGAAAAAUCAACAUGACAGAUCAACAAAGCCACGUUUUGCGCAUGCGCAACGCAUACAUCUACAUUGUCCUGCAGUAUAUGAGUGUCGAGACUUGUUUAUACGAUUGCGGACGAAACAAUUAACUUCUAUCAGUUCUACAAGUUCUAUAUGGAAUUAUAGGGGAAACAAUUAUUUGGCAUAUGUUAGUUCUGUAGCUUAGCCAACGAGACGAGGCGGUAGACGUAAACAAAAGGUGAUUAACAAAUAAGGGAAACAAAACGUAGUGACAAUAUUGUCACUAGUAGCCAGCCAAUAGCUGCAGCCAAUAGCUGCAGCCAAUAGUUGCAGUCACAGCAAUCACGCUUUGUUUAUGUCUACUGCUUCGUCUCGUUGGGCAAACUAUAGUCGAUAUAGUCUAUUCCGUUUAACAUUGAUCAUAUGUGCUUGAUAAAUAAGUCUGUCAUGAGUGAUGAAAAACAUUCGGAUAAUUUGAGUUACAAAAAUCUUGUGUAAAUAACAAUCGUUCCAACGAAUUUCAGAGGGAAGCGGAGUUUGUGACUAUGUAGCUAUUUUUAUGAAAAGUAAAAUAUAAAUGCAUCAGGAUGUCUUUCUUCACUUGGAAAGGGAGCAAUCGUUCCGAAAAUACUGAACACGGUGGACGCAAUUUACAAGAUGGUCUUUUUCAAAUUGCAUCUCAAGCUUGUCACAUAUUAGUACAAGUGAACAACACGCACAACGUUUCGUACGGUGGAAACAAUAAUGUAAGGAAUAUCGCAUAUUCGAAAUGUUCCGACAAUGACGAAGAUUCGAUACGUCAUACAGCUUCUUCCACGAGUAAAGCCACUUCUUCCACGGUUAAGUCUUAUACGAAGUACAUGAAAGAACAAGGCAAGGAUCAGGAUGUAGUCGUUUUAUUGCCACAUCGUAAGAGCAGAACGCCUCUUGUUAAGCACAAAUUAUCCACAGUUUCUGAGAAUGCCAGAUUAGAAUUGAACCCAUCAAAGUAUAUCGGGAGUGGUGGUAGAAAUGGUGGUUCUGGUGUUGGAUCUGGUGCCAGUGCAGCUAACGGUAAUACCACCGCUCCUGACGAUGAUGUAGAAUUGUGGGAUUAUUCCGGUUUUAUGUUGAGAAACGAUACUGAUGAUCCAAUUACGAAUGGGAAAUGGGGAGGUGCACAAGGAUGGUGCAGACCAAGCUGCAUUCCAAUUACAGUCAUAUUAAUUUUGAUAGUGCUGGUUGUUUUAUUGCCGUUAUUAGAUCAUGCAGCGGAUAAAUACGCGUUGAACGACACGAAUUUCGAUUUCGAUACGAGUUGCAUGAAUAGCUGUAAUUUAUCUUUCGUGGAAACUCUGCCAAUCGGCAUGAAUUACACGAAUAACACCGUUUUUCUCGACAACACUUACGACUCUUGGAUCAAAUUGAUUUCAUUGGCGCGGGAAAAGAUAGAAAUAGCAUCGUUUUAUUGGACUAUGAGGAGGGAAGAUGUAUAUCCAGACGAUAGUGCGAAACAGGGUGAAGAAGUUUUCCAUUUGCUUCUCCAAGCGGGCAGAGAUCGGAAUAUUUUACUGAAGAUAACGCAAAAUAUACCGUCGCAAAUAAGACCGAACAUCGAUACGGAAGUGUUGACGAAAAAAGCAAACGCUAAGGUCAAAAGUUUAAAUUUUGCUGGAUUGCUCGGAGGAGGAGUACUUCAUUCGAAAUUAUGGCUCGUUGACAGAACGCAUUUAUAUAUUGGUUCUGCGAAUAUGGAUUGGCGGUCGCUCUCGCAGGUGAAGGAACUUGGUUUAAUGGCUUUAAAUUGCAGUUGUUUGGCAAACGAUUUUGCCAAGAUAUUCGACGUUUAUUGGACAGUAGGCAACGAUGGUAAAAUACCUUCUGUUUGGCCGGAUUAUCUUAAUACGAGAAUUAAUUUAAAGAAUCCGAUGAACUUUACAUUUAUGAACAAUAAGUAUAAAACAUUUGUUGCGAGUUCACCUCCGCCAUUUUCGCCAAAAGGUAGAACGAAUGACGUGGAUGCUAUUCUUUAUUGUAUCGAAAAAGCCGAAAAAUUUAUUUAUAUCUCAGUGAUGGAUUAUUUUCCACUGACUAUAUAUACAGCUAAACUCAAAUAUUGGCCGAUAAUAGAUGAUGCACUGAGAACGGCAGCUAUCGAACGUAAAGUACACAUACGAUUAUUGAUAUCGUCGUGGAAGCAUAUGAGGAAAUCAGAGGUUUUCUUUUUGAAAUCGCUCAUGGAACUAACAGAUAGUUAUGCGGGUGUGAAAAUUGAAGUGAGAAAAUUCAUAGUUCCUACGAAUCCUGAUUUCGACAGAAUACCGUUCUCAAGGGUAAAUCACAAUAAAUAUAUGGUGACCGAUGUAACAGCGUAUAUAGGGACAAGCAACUGGUCGGGCGAUUAUUUUAUAAAUACAGCAGGUAUAGGAACGGUAUUCGAGACUAUCGGCGAUCAGACUUCGGAAAAUCUUAGGCAGCAAUUGGAAAAUAUUUUUCAUCGCGAUUGGUAUUCUGAAUAUUCUUAUGCUUUAAACGAAAGUAUACCAUUCGUGAAACGAUCGACAAAUACCAUCGAAGACUACUACCUACGAUCAUCACGUUACAUAUUAGCGUGACAAUAUCAACGAUUUGAUCAACGUUUCCAGCGAAGACAAUGAAAAUCAUUUCUUGCUGCUUAAUACGAAGUCUUAGAGACGAAUUUCUUAAAUGUCUUGUCCCUUGUCAUUGACAAAAUUAAACUCAUUCUUUUUUUCCUUAUCUUUUUUUUCUUUUUUUUUUACGAAGCACAUUCUUACGAUUAUCCAUACUCAGCAAAUAUCGACUUCGAGCUGACGUUUUGUUUGUUCCGUGUACAUUACAUACACAAACACAUUCCUCUUUCAUUCUCUUUUAUGUUGUUCCAUCUCUGCUGUUAUUUCUUUAAAGACAUACGCGAGCGUAUAUUUACACCCACGCGUACCAUCUCCUUCGGAUUCCAUCUCUCUCACUUGCUCGUUUACUUACUCAUACUUCUUUUUCUCUCCAUCUGAUGUGCGCAUUCACGCACAUACACACUCAUUAACCACGAAGUAAGUACCUACGUAUCUGAAAUUUUAAACCUAUAGGAAUAAUCUUACAUAACGGACGUUUGUGUGCCUUGCUUUAAGUGACCUUGCGAAUGUCUUCUAUGAAAAAUCAUUUUGAUAUUAAAACCCAAGCAAUAUUCCGUCCAUAUAAUAAUAUAAUUCCGAAAAAGAUUAUAUACAUUUUAGUAAUCAAUGUUUAAACUAUUCCGUUAUUAUAUGUGAUUGAUUUAAAUGUUGCUACAAGAAAAGGGAAGAAGAAAAAAGUAUUGCACGAACUCGUGACAUUUAUUAGAAUUCCAUAUAAAUACAACAUGCAUUGGUAACGUUACACGAUCUGCAACUUUUUAUCGAUACAAAUCCUAGAAUUAAUAGUAAAUGUGCUAAUUACUGACGUAUCCAGCUGCAAACAAGUUACUUCUGAUGUUCAUGUGACGUUUAAACUAUAUGCAUUAUACAUACAUCCUUGCGUGGAAAGAUACGCGAUUUUAGUAAAUCAAUCUCAUAAGUGUUACAAAAAGUGGCGUUUUUCAUAAGUAUAUUCGAAUUAACAUGAAAAAUUAUAUACUUGAAAAAAUGUUUACAUCAUUAUUAAUUUGUUUAUUUAUUGCGAAACAAAGUUCAUUUGAAACUUACAGUAACGCAAAGAUUCGUGCUUCUACUACAAUUCGCUGCAAGCAACAACGGAUUUUAUUUUUCCGCGGUUCGUUAUAAGCAAAUCGUUUUUGUAUAACUCACGUCUUUUCUAUACUUAUAUGUAUACAUCUUAAUUGUACUUCCGUUCUUAUACAUUUUUGUACAGAAACAGAAAUAGAUUAUAAAUAUACAUACAUAUAUAUGCAGAUAAA